AUGAUUUAUAGACGUGUGGAAAUCGAAACUGUAGAGUCAAUAGCGAAGAGAAAAGGAAUGGAAGAGGAGGAGUUGGCGAGGAUGGAAAAGAAAAUGGAUGGGAUGGAAGGAGAGGAAUGGCUGCGAUAUGUGGCGAAAGUGUGGCGAAUUGAGGAAUGGGCGGCGAAGAAGAAUCCUUGUGAAGUACGGAUUGCAAGGAAUGUGGAUGAGGGAUGGAGUGAUUCUCUUCCUGAAAAUGUUUGCGUUACGGGGUCUCUUUAUUUGUGUGGCGAUUUCUUGGAUCGCAUUCACUUUCACUUUUUUGUUUGUUAUAAACUAGAAACUGUGGAAUAA